AUGCCACAUAGCUUCUCGUCGAUGUCGCCUGUGAAGACGCAACUGCUCUACUUUCUGCUUGCCAACUGCAUCAUCCCAACUGAUCUUGGUGGCUGGGGAAAAGCCGCGGUCUUGUGCGAUACUGACGGGACUUUCGAUCCACUUCGCUUUCGACAAGUUCUUGUCGAGCGCCUACUUCCGCGGCUUUCUGGAGCCUCGGACGCGACAGACAAGACACUGCAGGCUUCUUUGCAACGUAUUCAUGUUUUCCGGCCCUCUACGUCCAAUCAGUUGGCGAUAACGCUGGCAUACCUUCCCGCGUAUAAUUCGUUCAAGCUUCCAAAUGACGAGAUCGGAAUACUUGCUAUAGACUCUCUGAGCGCUUUCCACUGGUCGGAUCGGUUCACCGUGGAGCAACUGCGCGCCGCCUCCGAACGUGGCACGCCCGUCACCAGCCCUCUACGGAAUGUUGUCAAAGCCCUCCGCCGCUUUCGCGAUUCCCACCGUCCCAUAAUCCUUCUAACGAACUGGGGGCUCAGCCGCAUCCCACACACGCCGUUUUUCGAGCAGCACCUCCGAUCGUUCCCCUCGCCGUUCGCCAAUCCGCCGCCACCUCCCGAGUCCGUCGUGCUGCCACUGACGCACCACAUUACGUUGUCUCGGCGCACACCGAAGCAGCUACGCGAGGGUAUCGUACUGGAGGAGGCAGCGGAGCAGGAGCGCGCGCUGCGACGGCCCGUCAUCGAGAAAGGCGAAAUUACCGGCCUCGUGCGCAUCCCAGGGCAGAGCGGUGUCGGACACUUCACGCUGCGCAUCGGUUCCGACGGGGUUCAUGUCAACCAGGAUGGGGAGAACGCCGCGAUCGAGUAAGCUUGUCGUGCAGAAUGCGCCCGACUCCAGGACGAGCCGGCGUUCUGGGGCUCUGUUCAGCCUACUAGCUCGUCCGAAAGUCUAUACCUAUCCUCGACGGACGCUCGAUUUUGGCCCACAGCACAUGCUCUCUCCACUUCAGUUGCGACGGAUGCCUUC